AACUUCUUUUCGUCAACACCGCCAGCAAUCCAUUUUUUAGGUCUUGAAUCAAAUAUUGACAACCAGGAAUAUGCCUUACACACCGCCUUUCCAAGCAAUCAUCAACAGCCUUCAGCCCCAACUCACGUUGGGCCACGUGGGCCUUGUCACAUGGUGAAAUAUCGGAGCCAGAAUUGUUAUCGCGUCCAAAGAAAGCUUCUGAGACAGGAAAUUUCGAAUUAAGGAAUUCGACGAAUGCAGUUGAUGCGCCUCAAAUAAUCGGAGCUUGGGCAGAUGAGGCUCUCGCAACAUCCAGCCUGGACAUCUUCUCGGCUUUUGGCUUUCAGAUACCAGUAGAAAUGAUUUGCCGCCCUCUGAGAGACUCACUGCAAUAUACCCGCCUCUUGGCAUUGUUCAGGACCCAGGAUCGACAAAUCCGGUGCUGUUUAGACGAGGUACCGCUUUUUGAUCUCCCCGAUUAUACCGCUUUCUCGUACUGCUGGGGAAGUCUUGAUGACACGGGACUAUUUUUGUCGACAAUAAAGGUUUCCACGUCAGACAAAAUCUCCGAGCGUUUGCACUACUUAAAAAAUUUCACGAGUAUGGGUGGAGGCUUUAUGUAUCAACCAACGGGGACAACCGGGAAAGGGGGACACCAAGUGCAACUCAUGAGAAUUAUUUACUCAAGGGUCACGGGUGUGAUUGCAUGGAUUGGCGAAUCUUCUGAUGAUAGCUCCCAAGCUAUCGCGGCAUUGAAAAGAAUGCCGGCCACAACAUCUUCAAGUGCGCGAGAUACAAUUUGGGAGGGACUUGAGAGCCUUUUUGCUCGCCCUUAUUGGAAAAGAAUUUGGAUUAUUCAGGAAAUUGUUGUUGUUGCUAAGAUCUCGUUUGUGGCAUUGACUCCAUUGCCUGGGGUGAAAUGGAAGCUGCAAACGAAGGGCGCCCGACAAAAACCAACUACUCAUACAUCCAAACCAUUUCAAGCUUCCGGAGGAAACCCCAUAACCAAGAGCCGGUGGGCCUUCUAAGCUUUAUUUAUUUCACAAAAAGGCGCUUUCAACCGUCUCGCAUAACAAGAUUUUUGCGCAACGAGGGCUGUGCCAUGACCGAGAUAUUUCAAAUUUGUUAAAAUUGAACAUUAGCACUUCACGAAAGUUCGAACUUUGGAGGUCAAUGAUCGUCAUUAGCUUUUUGCGGUCGCUUG